UGUAGCACUCCUAAGAAGACUUUAUUUGAUGACAAUUUUGUUGAAAUGAAAAGUCCAGCUAUUGGAAAAUUCUUAGUUGAAGCCGUUGAACCACCAAUGAUCUGCGAGAGUCCAAGUGCCAUCGAUAGAAGGAGAAUAUUUGGUCGCGAAACUUCAUCUUCAAACUUACCGAUGUCUCCAAUGUCAUUUUCUCCAAAAAAUUUAUUAACUAAACAAAUUAUUCAUCAGAACGCCCCAACCUCGUUGAUGAAUAAACAACCUAUGAAAAGAAAUUCACUCGUUCCUAAAAAAUUAAGUCUAGAUGAAAUAAAUGUCAGGAAAAAUUUUUUGAAACGUGACAAUCCACAUUUGAAUAAGUUCAGAAAGUGUCAUUCCAAAGUGGAAACUGUUAAGAAGUAUUUGGACGAAGAAGACGAGAAUGCAAACCUAAUCGCAGAUUUCAGUGCGCCGUACAUUUUGCCACUAAUCGAAGGAGGGAAGCAGAGCGACCUGAAGGCCAUAUCACAUGACACGUUGUCGGAUGUUCUGCUCGGAAAGUACGAUGAUUGCAUGAAUAGCUUCACAAUCAUUGACUGCAGGUAUCCAUAUGAAUAUAAUGGCGGACAUAUCAUUGGAGCCAAGAAUUUCUACACGAAGGAUUCCAUCUUCAACGAAUUCAUUUCAUCUAACAUUAACUUGAGUUCAACUAACAAAGAGAAAAAUAUUUUGAUCUUCUAUUGCGAAUUUUCCUCAGAGAGAGGACCAAAGAUGUGCAGGUACUUGAGAAAUGAAGACAGAGAAUGGAAUCAAGAAAAUUAUCCCAGACUAUUUCAUCCUGAAAUAUACUUGCUAGAGAACGGAUACAAGGAAUUUUUUAACAAUCACAGAGGAUUAUGCGAACCGUCUUCAUACAAGCCCAUGCUACAUGAAGAUAACGCCGACGAUUUGAUAAGAUAUAAAGCAGAAUCGAAGAUGUACGUAGAUAGAUUUGAGAAAAGAUCAAAUAGUAGAGUUUUGUCGAGG